AGUGAGAGCCAAAUCAGUCAAAUGAGAGCGCAGGAAUAUGAUUCAGCAGGUUAGUGAAGGAAUGGAGGCCUGAGGAAGAAGACAAUGUUCGAAAUCCUUCACAAUGAAAAGUUUGGGUGAAAAUAUAGAAAUGAGAGUGUAUCCAUGGGAUGGCUGUUUUCUCUCAAGUUAGGAAGGGCUAGAGCUGCCAAGAGUGCGGAAGCGUUUGAAAAACAAACACAGAACCUCAAGUCUUGCCAGACAGAGAUGCCUGGAAAGACGGCCAUCAGAUCACACGGGUUAAACCACUGUUAAAGAGUCAAGCUCAUUCUUCCGAACUUCCCUCCGAGGCAAAGCUCCUUUCUGCCAGGCUGGACCCUCUUUCUGGAGGGAUUUCGUUUUGGAAGACAUGGAUCUCGCUGCUAAUGAAAUCAGCAUCUAUGAUAAGCUUUCAGAGACCGUUGAUCUGGUGAGACAGACAGGCCAUCAGUGUGGAAUGUCAGAAAAGGCGAUCGAAAAAUUUAUCAGACGGCUGCUGGAGAAGAAUGAACCUCAAAGGGGACCACCCCAGUACCCUCUCCUCUUAGCCAUAUGUAAGGUCCUCCUAACUCUGGGAUUAAUCUUGUUCACUGCCUACUUUAUAAUUCAACCUUUUAGCUCAUUAGCACCCGAGCCAGUGCUUUCGGGAGCUCACACCUGGCGUUCACUCAUCCAUCACAUUCGGCUGAUGUCCUUGCCCAUCGCCAAGAAGUAUCUGUCAGAGACUGAGGGCGUUCCUCUGCAAGAAGAAGAGGAAGACAAACCCUUCCCAGACUUUGACCUCUGGUCAUCAAGUGACUGUGAGCAGAAUGAGUCAGAACCCAUCCCUGCCAACUGCACUGGCUGUGCCCAGGUAUUCCCCCUCAAAGUAACGCUCCUAGAGGACACUCCGAAGACUUUUGAGAGACACCGUCCUCUGGUGAUCAAGGCAGGGAAGCCUCUGUUGUCUUCAAAGAUUCAGCAUUUCUCAUGCCAGUACCCUGAAGCCACAGAGGGCUUCACUGAGGGGUUUCUCACCAAGUGGUGGCGCUGCUUUCCUGAGAGGUGGUUCCCAUUUCCUUACCCAUGGAGGAGACCUCUAAACAGAACACAAAUUUUACGGGAGCUUUUUCCUGUUUUUACCCAACUUCCAUUUCCAAAAGACGCCUCAUUAAACAAGUGCUUCCUGCUCCACCCGGAACCUGUGCUGAGUAGCAAGAUGCGUAAGUUGCACGACCUGUUUGCUAUUGGCAGCGGGAAAGCCAUGCUGCAGCUCAUCCCUCCCUUCCGGUGCCAAAGACACUGUCAGUCCGUGCUCAUGCCGAUAGGACCUGGAGAUAUUGGCUAUGCCAACGCUGCCCACUGGAAGGUCUACGUUGUAGCCAGAGGGAACCAGCCUUUGGUCAUCUGCGAUGGAACCACUGUCUCGGAGCAAUAGGAAACGACUGUCUAUAAGAACUGCUUAAAGAGCUGAAAACCAGGCUGAAAAGAACAGGGAGGAGGAAUAAAAACACUUGGGUCUGUUGCUUAGUUACCUGCCCUGAA